AACGAAAUUCAAUAAAAUCACUGUGUUAAAAACCAAUAAACCAACUGAAUUUUUUUACUAGACACAUUAUUGCAUUUAAAGCCUUUUAUCGCUGUCAGUGGAAAAUAAGGAAAAAUAAAAAACGAGCCUUUUUUCAUUUUCCCAGCUUUUAUUCUGGUGGGGAAAUUAAGCGGUUAACCAAUAAACCAGCACAAUAUUUUGUUUUUUGCUUUUUAACUAGACGCCGAGUUGGAUUUUAAGCCGUUUUUUCGUUUUAACAGUAAAACGGAAAAACUUUUAUUUUGGUAGAGAAAUCGAACGGUUAAAACGUACACGGACCCACCUGGAGCAUCGGUGAGUUUUGAGCCUUGUUAAGCCUUGUAAUGACUUUGUGGUUGACAGAGCGGCGGUGCUCUUUCCGCACCGGAAAUAACACACGCGUCUCAGUCUGGCGCACGAUUGUCUGAUUUAUGAGGCACUAGCGAUUGGACGUAGUUCAUUUACUCAAUAGCUUACUAAAACUUUACUGAACUUCCAGGUUUUGCUCCAGAUUGGGAAGCUCCUUUAACUUUGCCUCUAUGGACAGGACAACACACCUAAAGGGGAUGUUAUUCUUCCUCUUCAUUGUUAUUCUCAUCUCUAUACUCAUCAUCAAUGUGAGUUCUCCCAGGUCAAAUUUCAUGAUCCCCUGGUUGCAUGGAGCUCACAGCGCGUUCAGUUUUCGUGUGUCAGAGCAAACCGUCACCAGAUCUAUGAACGUCUGCUCCUCUCAGAUCUCUGACCAGACCAUCACCCCUCUAGACAACACAAAGCAUUUUGUGGUGUCGGCCUUCAUGGACCAGCGAGUGAAAGGCUUUGACAUACGCAUCAUCAGCAUCUUUAAAAGAGACUCCAUCCAGCCUCUUCACUGUCUGUUCUGCUGUGCAGACCAUUUGUCAAGUGCAACUCCAGCCACUGUUUUACUGCACUCAGACCACUUCGGCUUCCCGUUUGGCACCACAGAUGUCAUGUGUCAGAUUCCUCACGACUGCAGCGCUACACAUGUUGCUCUUCUAACUCAGCCGGAGGGAGUAAAGUCAUUAAACCAGAGCUGGAUGCAGAUAAAAAACCGAAGGAACCCUGGGAAGGAAGAGGAAACGUUUCAACUGAACUUCACCGUCUGCAUCUCCAACCUGUUUGGCAAAUACAACAAUGUGCUUCAGUUUGCGCAGACCCUGGAGAUAUACAGGCUUCUGGGUGUGGACAGGGUGGUGAUCUACAACACCAGCUGUGGUCCAGAGCUCAACCGCCUGCUGCACAGCUACAGCCAGGAGGGCUUUGUGGAGAUGGUCCCAUGGCCGAUCGACAAGCACCUGAACCCGUCCCACGGUUGGCAGCACUUGAAGCACGAAGGGGACCUGCACUACUUUGGCCAGCUGACUACGCUCAAUGAGUGCAUCUACAGGUCCAUGGAGCGCUCACGCUACGUCCUGCUGAACGAUAUCGAUGAGAUCAUCAUGCCGUACCAGCAUGACAGCCUGACGAGCCUGAUGGACACGCUCCAAACACAGCAUCCCAAUACAGGUGUGUUCCUCAUAGAGAACCACAUCUUUCCAAGGAAACCCUUGGAGGAGAGAAUUAAAGGCCCUCUGCCCCAGUGGAGCGGGGUGUCAGGAUUUAACAUUUUACAGAACAUCUGCAGGGAAGAGCCAGAUAGAAGUGUGUACCACCCCCACAAAAUGAUAAUUCAGCCAAGGUUGGUAGAGCAGACCUCUGUACACGAAGUGCUCAAGAUGUUUGGAGAAAUGUUCAAGGUGCCUCUGGAAGUCUGUCGGAUCAUUCACCACCCGAUCAACAUCAUAAAACGGCCGCUGAAGCAGCUCCACGUGGACACGCGACUGUGGGACUUUAAGGACAAGCUGAUACCAAGAGUAAAUAAGACUCUGAGGAAAGCAGGCCUGCUGAGCACAGGACAGGAGACGAGUGGGUGGAUGGAAAAGACAAACUAAUAAUAACAGAAUAAAACUCUGUAUCCAUAGUUUUAUCCGGAUAAAAGGAACCAACGUUUGAAAAGAUCAGGGACAUACAUGCAGGGCAGGUGGGUGCGCCCACAGCUUAGAAUUUCUAAUAGUGUUAGAAGGUUGCAUUGAGAAUCUGAGUCUAACUGAAGAAAUUAUUCUUCUUCUAACUUCCACCACAUCAGACCGCACUGACUGCAUGGGUACUGUUUAUGACAGCAAAGCCAUCGUUAUGCUGCAGAAGGUAAAAAAAUUGUAUUCACCUGUUGGAGCAUUAUUCCAGUUUAAGAUCCUGUCUGGAUGACAGUUGUCACUACAGUAUCUCUACUAACUGAAAGCAAAGUGAAGCUGUCUGUAAAUUUGAUAUCAGUAAACUGCAUUGAAAACAAAUGAUCAAAAUGUAAAUUAGAUUAGGAUAGGGUAGGACUUCAUUAAUCCCAUAAUGGGGAUGAUGAACAUGAUGGACAAAAGAAAAGCAAAAAAAAAAAAACACAGUCCCACAGGAUCUUGGCUCGCUCGUUCUCUACCACCUUGGGAGGUGUUUCCCAUUUUGACCUUGGGGUUUCCAGUCCAUACUCUGCGCAGAUGUUCCUGUAUACUAUGCCUGCCACUUGGUUAUGGCGUUUCAUGUAUGCUUUGCCUGCCAGCAUCUUACACCCUGCAGUUAUGUGCUGGACUGUCUCAGGGGCCUCUUUGCACAGUCUACACCUUGGGUCUUGUCUGGUGUUGUAGAUCUGGGCCUCUAUGGCUCUGGUGCUCAGGGCCUGCUCCUGUGCGGCCAGGAUGAGUGCCUCUGUGCUGUCCUUCAGCCCAGCCCUUUCAAGCCAUUGGUAGGAUUUGUUGAGAUCAGCCACUUCAGUUAUGUUCCGGUGGUACAUCCCGUGUAAGGGCUUGUCCUCCCAUGAUGGUCCCUCUUCCAGCAUCUCAUCCUCUGUUCUCCACUGCCUGAGACAUUCACUCAGCACGUCAUCUGUCGGGGCCUUAUCCUUGAUGUACUUAUGGAUCUUGGAUGUUUCACCCCGGAUAGUGUCUCUCAUGCUCACUAGUCCUCGGCCUACAGUACUUCCUCCUUCCUGGAUUUGGGGUGGAACCCUCCAUGCAUGGUGAGGAGCUUUCGUGUCUUAACAUCUGUGGUCUGUAUCUCUUCCUUUGGCCACCUUAUUAUUCCCACAGGGUAUCUGAUCACUGGCAGGGCGUAGCUGUUUAUUGCCCGGGAUUUGUUCUUGCCAUUGAGCUGGCUUCUUGGGACUUGCCUUACUCGUUGGAGGCAUUUGGCUGUUGCUGCUUUCCUUGUUGCCUGUUCAAGAUUGCCAUUUGCCUGUGGGAUUCCAAGCACCUCUCUGCCGUAGCAUUUGUGUUGUACCUCGUCAAUCUCAGAUUGUGAUAACAGUUGCCGUUUGUGGAUGUUGGAACACUGAGCUACUAGUUGCUUAGCUGUCAGCCUUCAAUGUGGGUUUCUCCGUUCCCAUUCACCACACAUUCUUUGCAUGUAACCCCUCUGACUAGGGUUACUUGAGUAGUAGCAUCCCAACAGAGUCUUGUUCUCGCAUCUCAGCCAUUUCUUUUUUGUUCCAGUAGCCCACUAUACAGUAUAUAUACACACACACACACUAUUCUCACCCUCCGCGGGUGGUCUCAUCCACUUUCCAAGCUCGGGUCCUCUACCAGAGGCCAGGGAGCUUGAGGGUUCUGCGCAGUAUCCUUGCUGUUCCUAGGACUGCACUUUUCUGGACUGAGAUUUCGGAUGUUUUUCCAGGGAUCUGUUGUAGCCACUCCUCCAGUUUGGG